AUGCUUACUCAUAAGCCAAGGCUGGAUCCGUUCAACAUAGGAGAGGCUAAAAUUUUAGUGGAAAUUGAGCUUGAUAAGAAUUUUCCCAAAAAAAUUGCAUUGGAUGAUAAGCUUGGUAACAUGUUUUUGGUCGAUGUGGUUUAUUCUUGGAUUCCAUCAACUUGUGAAAGAUGUGGGAGCUUAGGUCACAAAGCAAAAAGGUGCUUACUUAAAGAGGACAAGUUGGUUCUCAAUAAUGAAAGUAAACAAGAUCAGGAAGAGGUGGAGAUUCCUGUGGUUGAUAUCAAUCCUUUGUUGGUAAACACUGAAUCAAGUAAAGAGACACCAGCGAGCAACAUGCCUAAGGUGAGCACAGAUAUACUGCCAAUUCAAACAGUAUCUAAAUUUUCAACAGUGCUUCAGCCUCAUCAUUCUCCUUCCCAAUCCGGAGGUUCAGAAACUUCCUCAGAACCUCAGGGAGCUACUUCUCCUAAGAAUAGCUCCAUUGCUUUCGAACACUUGUCUCCUAGUGCCAAGUCAACUUCAGCCUCUAUACUAGCAGGUUCACCAUCUGCUCACACUAUUCCAACCCAAGUUAUGGACAAUGUUCCAUCUGCUAUUAUCAGUAAUGAGGGUGCUACACCCUCAGGAAAUGAUCCAACAAUCAUGACCCCUCACUCAACCAAGUUUAUCCAGGAGCAGGGUAAUAUGGAAAGUGAUUUCCAUAUUAAUGAGCAAAUGGAUGAAUAUGGAAGUGUGUCAAGAGGGGGUAGGCUGCUCAAGCGUACACAAAGGUACCAAGAGAUGGAAUGGCAUACAGUUCGUGGACGAGGAAGUCGAGGUCGUAAGGGUCGAGGUUCCUAA